ACAUUCAUCAAAUUCUGAUAGUGUUCUUUACCCUUUGCCUUUCCUUCUAAAAUCCUCUCACACCUUUUUAGAAAAGUUGUGCCUAGCAAGAGAAAACCAACGACUGAGGAGUCUAGUGAUAAAGCUGGUAGUCGUAAGGCAUCGUCCUCACGGCUACGCAAUCACUCUGUUCGAUUCGUAUCUCAAAACUCCAUGUAUGGAGGGAGCAAUACCUCUAAAGCGACGACUCCACGACGAAAUGCAGCUGCUGGCCCUGCUGCACCAUCGACACCGGACCACCCCCCAGAGGAAGCCAAAGAGUAUCAUGUUGGCAAAUUCCGCUUCGAAAGAGAAGAAUCAAGGCAGCCUUCCAACUCGCCUCCCAUAGAGCUUUUAGCCUUGUAUGCUGAGCGAGCUGCCAAAGAAUUAGCUCAGCCAAAAUUAGCUGGCUACCCCUCACCACCACCGCAUCACCACCCUCAGGUCAAAGUUGAACGCCAUCGAAAAUCAAUUCCCUCCCCCCCUUUGAACACGCUGCCUGUGCCUGUACGCUCUUCUAUCCCCAACCGAGAUUUGCCACCUCCCACGCCAUUAUCUGUUCACCGGAGUGCUUCAGAAAUCAGACUACCCUCUAUUCGAGAUCUCAUGGGCUGGCCACCGUCUGAACCUCACCACCUCCCUCCACCUCAAGCAUCUCACCAUCGACCUCAAGAAGAAGAGAUCGCUCGUGCCAUGAUGCAACUUGCAAGUGAUGCUAUAUAGACCAAUUUUCCCCAUUUCUUUCUUAAUGUAUGCCCAUUUUUUUUCUCUCAACGGAGGCAGAAAAAAAAGGAGCCUUUUCUGUAGAUUUUUUUUUGGUUUUUCCAAAUCAAGAACCUUUAUUACCAAACUGAAUGCCUUUUUUGGCAAGUGCGAAGAACAUCUCUUGCCAGCUUUGAAUUAUUUUUAUUAUUUUUUAUUAUUUUCUAGU